AUGCACAACACUGUACGGCGGAUUCGCUACCAUCCGUACGCUCAGUACGGUCCUCGCGCACAUUCCGUCUCAACUCCGCAGCCCUUGGAUCGCACCGUUUCAAAGACCACGGCGAGCGCGCUUUCACGCCCUACUUUGAAUGAUCAUAUUCAACGUCUUUCCUUGCAUCGACAGGUUUACAAGAAUCCCAUGAAGCAACCAUCGAAGACGGACGACGACCAGUCCUUUAGUUGGUGGAAAAUCGUAACAGGCCUUAUUCUCAUUGCUGUAGCUGCGCGCGUCGUGGUGCUAAUCUACGGGUACGAAAUUCUCUGA